AUGGCUGUAGUCAUCCGUUUACUGGGGCUUCCUUUUAUUGCGGGGCCUGUGGAUAUUCGUCACUUCUUCACGGGAUUGACUAUUCCUGAUGGAGGAGUGCAUAUAAUUGGAGGGGAAAUUGGGGAGGCUUUUAUUAUUUUUGCAACAGAUGAAGAUGCAAGACGUGCCAUAAGUCGUUCAGGAGGGUUUAUCAAGGAUUCAUCUGUAGAGCUCUUUCUUAGUAGUAAGGCAGAAAUGCAGAAGACUAUAGAAAUGAGAAGAACUGAUCGCAUAGGAAGAGAGCGACCAGGAUCUGGGGCGUCAGGGGCUGGCAGCUUGUCUAACUUUGUUGAGGCUAUUAAAGAAGAAGCAAGUAAUUCUGGAUAUGGCUCUCCAAUUAAUCAAGAUGCUGGGUUUCAUACUAAUGGUACAGGACAUGGUGAUUUAAGGCCAAGAAAGACACGGCCAUUGAAGGCAGAGAAUCCUUACUUGUUUCUGCGAGGUUUGCCUUACUUAGUAAAUGAAGAUGAUGUACGUGUCUUUUUCUCUGGUUUGUGUGUGGAUGGCGUAAUUUUCUUGAAACAUCACGAUGGCCGAAAUAAUGGUGAUGCCAUAGUAAAAUUUGCUUCAUGUAUUGAUGCUUCAGGAGGUCUUAAAUGUCAUAGAAGUUUUAUGGGUUCAAGAUUCAUAGAAGUAAUGCAAGGCUCAGAACAGCAGUGGAUUGAGUUUGGUGGUAAUGCAAUUAAGGAGGUUGACAUUCCUAUGAGAACUGAAGAACAUUCUCCACCAAGAGGAAUUAAUGAUCGACAUUUUCGAAAACGAUCUCAUUCAAAAUCUCCCAGAAGAACACGUUCUCGUUCUCCUCUUGGAUUUUAUGUUCAUUUAAAAAAUCUGUCCUUAAGUAUUAAUAAGAGAGAUUUAAGAAAUUUCUUUAGAGAUACUGAUCUGACUAAUGAACAGAUUAGAUUUUUAUAUAAAGAUGAAAGAAGAACAAGAUACGCCUUUGUGAUGUUCAAAACUCUGAAAGACUAUAACACCGCUCUGGGUUUACAUAAGACAGUUUUACAGUAUCGUCCAGUUCAUAUUGAUCCUGUUUCUAGAAAACAAAUGCUGAAGUUCAUUGAAUGUUAUGAAAAGAAAAGACCAGUGUCAAUAGAGAAAGAGAGGCUUGGACAUAUUUCACAAAAAUACUCUCAAGAAAGCUACCCUGGCCAGAAACUGUGUAUAUAUAUAAGAAAUUUUCCUUUUGAUGUUACAAAAGUUGAAGUGCAAAAGUUCUUUGCGGACUUCUCUCUUGCAGAGGAUGACAUUUACUUACUUUAUGAUGACAAAGGAGUUGGUCUGGGAGAAGCAUUGGUGAAAUUCAAAACAGAAGAACAGGCCGCGAAAGCUGAACGUUUAAACCGACGGAGAUUCUUGGGGACAGAGGUAUUGUUAAGACUCAUAUCUGAGGCACAAAUGCAGGAGUUUGGUGUAAAUUUUUCCUUGAUGCCCACUGAGAGAAUGCAAGACCAUUCACAGUCAUGUGAUAGAGAUGACCAUUCCCAUUCAUUUGACUCAAGUGAUCCACCAAUAUACUCAGUUGGCCCAUCUGAAAACUUUAGGCAUCAGCAAGAGGACUUGAGGCAACUGGAUAAUUUCAAGCAAACCCAGGCGGAUUUCCGACAGCUUGAUAGGAGCCUUCCAGAAGACUUUAGGCAUUCCCCAGAGGACUUCAGGCGCUCCCCAGAAGACUUUAGGCGCCCUCGGGAGGAACACUUCAGGCGGCCUCUUGAGGAGGAUUUCAGGCGUCCUUGGGAGGAGGAUUUCAGGCGGCCACUCGAGGAGGAUUUCAGACGGCCUCCCAAGGAGGACUUCAGGCGACCCCCCGAGGAGGACUGGAGGCGACCCCCCGAGGAGGACUGGAGGAGGCCCCCGGAGGGAGACUUUAGGCGGCCACCUGAGGAGGAUUGGAGGCGGCCUCCUGAGGACGACUUCAGGCGGCUUCCCCAAGGGGAAUGGAGACGACCACCUGAGGAGGACUUCAGGCGACCACCCGAGGAGGACUUCAGGCGACCUCCCGAGGAGGACUUCAGGCGGCCUCCUGAGGAGGAUUUCAGGCGACUUCCGGAGGAAGACUUCAGGCGACCUCCCGAGGAGGAUUUCAGGCGUUCUCCUGAAGAGGAUUUCAGGCGUUCUCCUGAGGAGGAUUUCAGGCGACCGCCCCCAGAACACUUCAGGCGGCCACCCCCGGAGCACCUCAGGCGGCCGCCCCCGGAGCAUUUCAGGCGGCCGCCCCAGGAACACUUCAGGCGGCCGCCUCAGGAGCACUUUCGCCGGCCGCCCCAGGAGCACUUCCGCCGGCCGCCCCAGGAGCAUUUCCGGCGGCCACCCCAGGAACAUUUCAGGCGCCCCCGAGAGGAAGAUUUUAGGCACCCACCGGAUGAAGAAUUCAGAGGCCCUCCUGAUGAAGACUUUAGGCAUCCUCCUGACGAGGACUUCAGGAGCCCCCAGGAGGAAGAUUUUAGAUGCCCUUCUGAUGAGGACUUCAGGCGGCUCCCGGAGGAAGACCUCAGGGAACCUCCAGAGGAGGACCCUAGACUUCCUGACAGUUUUAGACCUCCUGCUGAGGAGUUUAGGAACCCACCUGAUGACUUCAGAAGUCAUCGCCCUUUUGUGAAUUUUGGUCGCCCAGAAGGUGGCAAAUUUGAUUUUGGAAAGCGCAGUAUGGGAAGUUUUCCUGAGGGGAGAUUUAUGCCUGACCCAAAAUUAAAUUGUAGUUCAGGUAGAGUAACACCUAUUAAGAUAAUGAAUCUUCCAUUUAAAGCUAAUGUUAAUGAAAUUCUAGACUUUUUCCAUGGCUAUAGAAUCAUACCUGAUUCAGUUUCAAUACAGUAUAAUGAACAAGGAUUACCUACAGGGGAAGCCAUUGUUGCUAUGAUAAACUAUAAUGAAGCUAUGGCUGCUAUUAAAGAUCUAAAUGAUAGGCCAGUUGGCCCUCGCAAAGUUAAGUUACUGUUGCUCUAG